CUAGCGUCGCCGCUCCAGACACAAGUGCCACUACGGCAGCUUGUUUGCCGACGACGACUACGCAAAUAUUCUGCCGACAGCCACCGAGACCGUCGCGGGCGCAUAUCGCGCGCGGGGCCACACGACUGUCUUCCGGUUCAUCGAGGCCAUCGGCAUCACGCAGAGCAGAGGGUAGGGCAUGUGUUUAAUGCGCGAAUCCCUGGCGUUUCUUGGCCUAAAACCGCUCAUGGACAUUGAAGACUGGGACACAGACCUAGCAGUCGUAGGUGCGGCGCGCCAGCUGUGCAGGCACACAGAUAACCUGAAGCCGUACCUUGGCAUUCAAGCAGACAGUAUGAUGCUUUCUAGUCCUGGCUCAAACAUCUCAUGCGGGUACAAGAUGGCGCGGGGACAGGUUUUGACCACUGGCUACACUCGUGAGAUCCCUCACACUAUCUUCCCCACUGUUGUACUGACAGUUUCAGUGCUUUUAUAG